AUGGAAAAAGUCGACGUCCUCAUUUGCGGCAGUGGUUCAGCCGGACUAUGCGCCGCAACCUGGCUGGCGCGGUACGGCAUCCGCUGCAAAGUGCUCGAACGCCGCGACGGACCGAUGAAGAUGGGCCAAGCUGACGGCGUGCAAUGUCGCACGGUGGAGAUCUUUGAGAGUUUCGGAAUCGGCGAGGAGUUGCUACGAGAGGCAUAUCAUGUUCUCGAGGUCAACUUCUGGGCUGAUGAGGGGACUGGGGCUAUCAAGAGGACUGGUCGGACGGCGGAUACGCAGCCGGGUCUUUCGCAUCAACCGCAUGUUAUUUUGAAUCAGGCGCGCAUUAAUGGGUUGCUUAUUGAGUUGAUGCAGAAGUAUAACGAUCAGCAGAUUGAUUAUGGGUAUAAUGUUACCUCUGUGCAGGUGGAUAGUGCAGCGGCUGCGGAUCCGGAGGCGUAUCCUGUUACGGUGACUGCGGAGAAGGAUGGGAAGACGGAGACGUUUGCUGCGAAAUAUGCAUUGGCCUGUGACGGUGCCCACAGCAUCGUCCGCAAAGCUCUUGGAUACAAGAUGAUCGGCGAUAGCACCGAUGCAGUCUGGGGUGUGAUGGAUAUGGUUCCUCGCACCAACUUCCCAGACUUCCGCAAGAAAUCCACCAUUCGCUCCAAAGCCGGAAACAUCCUGAUCAUCCCCCGUGAAGGCGAUAACAACAACCUGACCCGGUUCUAUAUCGAGCUGGCCCCGGGCACCAACCCCAAGGACGUGACAUUGGAGAACCUCCAGAGCCAGGCACAGGCUAUCCUCCAACCUUACGAUAUCGAAUUCGUCGAGACAGUCUGGUGGUCUGCGUAUUCGAUUGGCCAACGCCAUGCCGAUUUCUUCCACAAGGAUCACCGUGUCUUCUUGGCUGGUGACGCCUGUCACACGCACUCGCCCAAGGCUGGCCAGGGUAUGAAUGUUAGCCUGCAGGAUGGGUAUAAUAUUGGUUGGAAACUCGGCGAGAUCUUGACCGGUCUGGCUGAUCCGUCUCUUCUCGAAACCUACGUGUUGGAGCGGAAGAAGACUGCUCUCGACCUGAUCAACUUCGACCGUUACUUUUCCAAGCUUUUCAGCUCUGGGGCUAACACAUCUCCUGCUGAGUUCCAAGAGGGAUUCAUCCAGUCUGGAAAGUAUACGGCUGGAUUGACUGCCAAGUAUGAUGUUUCUCCUAUCACAACUGCGUUGGAGAGCACGCAGCUUGCCUCGAAUGUCGUGGUUGGCAUGCGUCUGCCCAGUGCCCAGGUUGUGCGGUUCUGCGAUUCCAAGCCCCUGCAGUUGAUGAAGUCGCUCAAGUCGGAUGGCCGGUGGCGUAUCAUGGCUUUUGUGGGUGAUUUGACUGUUGCGGAGAAUAAGACCAAGCUGAACAAGCUCGGAGAAUAUCUAUCAUCACCUGAUAGCCCCGUUCAUAGAUUCACGCCCAAUUUCCAGGAUGUGGACAGCCUGAUUGAGACUAUUGUGAUUGGCCACGGAAAGCGUCACGAUGUCGAGUUGGAGCAGAUCCCAGAAGCGUUCUACCCAGUCGCUGGCAAGAAUCAAACCAGAGAUCUCCACAAAAUCUACUACGACGACGAGAGUCACAACCAAGGCCACGGCCAUGCAUACGAGUACCUCGGCAUCAACCCUCAACAAGGAGCCUUGAUCAUCGUCCGACCCGAUCAAUAUGUUUCCGCGGUGUUGGACGUCAACGACUACGCCCAGAUUGGCAAGUUCUUCGCCGGCUUCCUGAAACCCCAAGUGGCCAUGGAGCAUAGCUAUCGCACGGCCAGUCCGCUUGAGAGCAGACUGUAG